ACUUUUAAGUCCACGGAUUCACACGAGACAAAAUAUACCGCACGAAACAUGAAUAUAAAAUAAAUUGUAAUCGUUAUUAAUGACAACAGGCAGUCUUGUUUAAUUUGCAUGUUUGCACGGGAGUGUUUCCUCCUGUAGGCCGGGUGUGCAGCUGGGCGGCACCGUUUCCGUGUUGACGUGCGCUACGUGCAAACAGAUGCGGUGUGAAUGGAAAGACGCGGCGAUGGCCAUUUCAUCGCUAGAAAUACGUUCAAACAACCGAUUUCUAGUUUAGAUCAGAACUGAUGCAACACUUUGUUCCUUACAGUUAUCACAUGCCAAAGCUUGGAUGCAGUUGCCCAGAAUGACCCAACCUCGACCCAACGAGUUUAUACCACCGCCGGAAUGUCCUGUGUUUGAGCCUAGUUGGGAAGAAUUCGACGACCCGUUUGCGUUUAUCAACAAAAUACGUCCAAUUGCAGAAAAGACUGGUAUUUGUAAGAUCAGACCGCCGCAGGGGUGGCAACCACCAUUUGCCUGUGAUGUGGACCGAUUGCAUUUCACCCCACGUGUACAGAGGCUCAAUGAAUUGGAGGCUCAAACUAGAGUCAAACUCAAUUUUCUGGACCAGAUAGCCAAGUUUUGGGAGUUACAAGGCUGCACUUUGAAAAUCCCUCAUGUGGAGCGCAAAUCUCUUGACUUGUAUCAGCUCUACACGUUAGUGAUUGAGGAGGGAUGUUUUGACACAGUCUGCAGGGAGCGGAAAUGGACCCAGAUUGCUCUGAGGAUGGGUUUUGCCCCUGGCAAGGCUGUUGGAUCUCACUUGCGUUCCCACUAUGAGAGGAUUCUCUACCCAUACUACCUUUUCCAGACAGGGGCCAACCUUGUGAACUCACAGAAACCCACUCUUACAAAUGAUACCAAAGAUAAGAUAUAUAAAUCUCAUGACUUGCCCCAGCGACAGUCUGUGCAGCCUGUGGAAACCUCUACCAUUGCUCGCAGAGCCAAGCGGUCUAAAAUCUCUUUAAAGGGUCGCUGUUCCAAAAAUGAGCAAGAGGAAGAGUGCAAGAACAGACCCAAUCUGAGAAGGAGAAUGGGUUCUUAUGUGGCAAAACCAGACGAAGUGAAAAGCUUUCCAGUCCAGGUAAAACAGGAGCCUAUGGAACAAGUUGAAACAAUGCCUAAUGGAGAAAAAUCAAAGGUGGAACAAUACAUGUGUUUGGUUUGUGGAGGAGGCGGCGAUGAGGACAAGCUGUUGCUGUGUGAUGGCUGUGAUGAUAGCUACCACACAUUCUGUCUUAUCCCACCACUCCAUGAUGUCCCCAAAGGAGACUGGAGAUGUCCCAAGUGCCUGGCGCAGGAGUGUGGUAAGCCUCAGGUUGCGUUUGGUUUCGAGCAGGCAUCCAGAGACUACACACUCCGCUCCUUUGGCGAUAUGGCAGACUCUUUCAAGUCAGACUACUUCAACAUGCCUGUGCAUAUGGUCCCCACUGAGCUGGUUGAGAAGGAAUUUUGGCGUUUGGUUAACACAAUCGAGGAAGAUGUCACAGUGGAGUAUGGGGCAGAUAUUGCCUCAAAGGACUAUGGCAGUGGCUUUCCUGUCAGGAAUGGCUCUUUUAAAGUCACGUCUGAUGAUGAGCAUUACCUCAACUGUGGCUGGAACCUGAACAACAUGCCAGUGCUGGAUGCAUCUGUGCUAACUCACAUCACUGCUGACAUAUGUGGAAUGAAGCUGCCCUGGCUCUAUGUGGGCAUGUGUUUCUCCUCUUUCUGUUGGCAUAUUGAGGAUCAUUGGAGCUAUUCUGUAAACUAUUUGCACUGGGGAGAACCAAAGACAUGGUAUGGUGCUCCUGGAUUUGCUGCAGAACAGUUGGAAGCAGUGAUGAAGAAGCUUGCCCCUGAGCUCUUUGAGUCCCAGCCAGAUUUGCUCCAUCAGUUGGUCACAAUCAUGAACCCCAAUUUACUAAUGGAGUAUGGAGUCCCGAUUUACCGCACAAACCAGUGUGCUGGCGAAUUUGUUAUAACCUUCCCCAGAGCGUAUCACAGUGGAUUUAAUCAGGGCUUUAACUUUGCUGAGGCUGUUAACUUCUGCACGGUGGACUGGAUGCCACUUGGUCGACAGUGUGUAGAGCAUUACCGCUCAUUAAACAGAUACUGUGUUUUCUCCCAUGAUGAGAUGAUUUGUAAUAUUGCAGCCAAGGCAAACAGCCUGGACCUGGAACUGGCCUCUGCUAUACAAAAGGAUAUGCGUGUUAUGAUUCAAGAAGAGAAAGAACUGCGAGAAAAAGCCUACAAGCUGGGGGUGUGGCACUCCCAGCAAGUGGAUUAUGAUGAGCAGCCAGAUGAAGAGAGGCAGUGUUCUAAAUGCAGGACCACAUGUUACCUAUCUGCAAUUACCUGUCCCUGCAGUCCUGGCCAGCUGGUGUGUCUACACCACAUUGAGGACUUCUGCUCCUGUGCCCCCAACCAUUAUACACUGAAUUAUAAGUAUACCUUGGGCACAUUGAACCAAAUGUUCAAGGCUUUGGCAACACAUGCUGAGUCAUACAGUGACUGGGCUUCUAAAGUUAACAAAAUUUUAAAGGCUGACCAAGACAAUAAAAGUGACUUGGAGGAACUUCGUGCAUUGAUUGUGGAGGCAGAGAAGAUGAUUUAUCCUGAGCUGGAUUUGCUAUUCCAUUUAAAACAGACUGUCAAUGAAGCAGAAAAGAGUGCCUUAAUGGCCCAGCAGCUACUCAACGGGAAGAGACAGACCAGGUAUCGCUCGGGUGGUGGGAAAUCUCAGAAACAUCUCACUGUAGAGGAGUUGAGGUUAUUUGUACAGCAGCUAUAUGACCUGCCCUGCACCAUUAGACAGGCCCCUUUUCUCAAGGCUCUGCUCAGCCGAGUCAGGCAGUUCCAAGAAGAGAGUUCAGAUCUCCUGGCUAUAGAGAUGCCCGGCUCUUCAGCCCUGCAAGCUGCCCUGGAUGAAGGCUCAGGCUUAGAGGUAGACUUGCCAGAGCUUGAUGUGCUCAGGCAGCGACUGGAGCAAGCACGCUGGGUUGAAGCAGUACAACUGGCCAGCACCGAGCCUACCAGCCUCACCCUGGAACUUAUGAGAAAAUUAAUAGACCAGGGAGUGGGUUUGGAGCCUCAUGCCUGUGUGGAGAGGACCAUGGCCCACCUACAAGAGCUGCUCACUGUGUGUGAGCAGUGUGAGGAGAAGGCACACAGAAUGCUUGUGUCCAGACCUUGCCAGAAUAUAGAGACAUUGGAGAAAAUGCUGCUGGAAGUAAGUAGUAUCCAGGCUUACCUGCCAAACUGUCUCCAACUGCAAGACUCAGUCCUCAGGGCCAGAGAGUGGAUCCAGGAGGCAGAAGCUUUACAGCUCGGAGGGCGUGUUCCUGGUUUUUCCUCCUUAAAUGAGCUGAUCUUAAAAGCUAAAGGCAUCCCUGUCCUCCUGGAGCCUUUGGCACGGCUAGAAAGCCUUGUGUUUGAGGUGCAGGCCUGGAAGGAGAGUGCAGCAAAAAUGUUUUUGUUGAAGUACUCCUCUCUUUCCCUUCUGGAGGUACUGUGCCCCAGAUGGGAUUCAGGAUGUCAGAAAUCAAAGUCAAAAAGAGUGAAAGAUGUUCAUCCAGCUGUUAAAAAAACUGGCAUGAAACUAAACAGUCUUGGUGAUGUGGAAAGAGUGCUCUCUGAAAGCAAAGACACAUCUUUAGCAAUGGCUACUCUUUGUGAGGUACGCUUGAAGGAAAUGGAGAACCUGAAUACCUUAAGGACCGUAAACAAUGCAAAGUUUUUGCCCACAAACAGCUUGGCUCCUACAGUCUGCCUAUGUCAUACAGUGCCAGCAGGCCCCAUGCUCCAGUGUGAACUCUGUCUUGAUGCUUACCAUAGUGGUUGUGUGCCAGGGUACCAGGAUACACAGGCUGGGCAUCCUUGGCUGUGCCCACUGUGCAUCCGAACUGAAAAACCACCUUUGGACAAGGUGCUGCCCCUGCUUGCUUCUCUCCAACGUAUUCGAGUACGACUCCCAGAGGGUGACGCGCUUCGUUUUAUGAUUGAGAGGACAGUGCGCUGGCAGCACAGAGUACAACAGAUAAGACCUUUCUCUGGAAAACCUUCUCAAUCCCUGGAUGGGACAAGCGGGUAUUUCUACAUGCAGCAUUCAAGCAUUCCUCUGAGUGUUCUUAGUCCUGAAAUAGAAGAGCUGCUUGUGGAAGGACUUCUUCUACAGGUAACCUUGCCUGAGCUGCAGCAUUUCUACCAGGGGUUGCUCAGCAGAUUCUGUCCCUCACAUUCCAUACAGAGCAGUGAUCAUGAUCACCAGUACCACAUUGCACAGGACAGUAGCCUGAAUUACAAAAGCUCACCGCAAGGAAAGGUCCAGGAUUUAGCUUUAGUUGUGCAAAAGGAUGCUGAGAAGCCAGAUAAGAACUCCAAGAGGCACUUGGAGAAAGAGACCUUGGAUAUGCUGGACAAAGACACUGUUAAGAAGCCCAAGAAAAAGAAGAUUAGGACAAACAAGCAGAGGAUACAUGAGAAAAGAACAAUCUGCUCAUCUGGUUUAAACUCAGACUCACCUUCUUCAGAAGACUCUGAGGAGGACUGGUCCAUAUGCUCAGCAAAGCAAUGUCAACAGCCAGAGGGAAAUGAGGUAAACUGGGUUCAGUGUGAUGGCAACUGUAACCAGUGGUUCCACCAGAUUUGUGUGGGUGUGUCUGCUGAGCAGGCAGAGAAGGAAGACUAUGUUUGCACCAACUGCUUGAUAAAAAAUCAUUUGACAAAUUAAGGACCAAAUCUCUUUUGGAUAAACAAAAGUUAGAUCACCGUGUAUGUACCAGAUCUUUCUCCUGGCCUUCAGAAGUCCCAAUCAGUUCUUUUUGUUAUGUUCUGCACUAUAGGACUGAACCAAAACAAUUAUUCUAUUUUUAAUGGCCUUUUUCAUCUUGCCUAGAGGACAGGAUGCAAAGAUGUACCUCAGGUGUUUCUGUUCCAUAAAUAUAAGGCAGAUGGACAUCCAUUUCCCCAAAUGGAAAGUUGGAUGAGGAUGUUACCUCCUAACAUGCUAAUAAUUCUUUCCACUUGACUCCAGGGCUGUCUUUCACCAAACUAGAUUAAUUAGUCUAAAAUGGAAAGCUAUGAAUUUAUUUUUUAAAAACGUAUUUGGUAAAUGUCUAGUAUGCUUGUUAUUUAUUUAUCCCAGCAAUAAAUAAGCUGGUUAACUGAUUUUUUUUUUCUGCUUUGAUCGCUUUCUUCCAUUAGCGAUGGUUGUAUAAAAUCCUGAUUUAGCUUGUCCAAUUGUUGUAGCAGACCGAAGUGUGAAAGUUUUGUGACCUUUGCUGUUUAUUUUCUUUAUAAAUAAACAAUAACAGAUGUUCA